AUGCAGGGCUGUUUUUAAGCGAAAGAAUCCCUAACUGACAUAUUUGAUUAAAUAAAAGAUGUAGACUAAUAAAUAUUUGGGGUCAUUUUAGAAAUAUUAAGAAAAGAAAAAGUGUAAGACUUAAUUGGAUUUCUAUCAGACUUUGGGAAUUAAAGAUUAUUAGAAUCAUCAAUUUAGCAACAAGGAGAGAAAUUAAAACUACGUGAUAAGCAAUAGAAAUGGUCUGUUGGAAGAAAAGACUUGGAGUAAAUUUCAAAUGUUUUAAGAAAAUUAAAAGAUCAUGAGUUCAAUUACAAAGACUUUUCCUCUGAACUAAAUGAAGAAUCAACAUUAAGUCUAAUUUAAAGCAUCAAGGAUAAUAGAAGGAUGAUUGAAUUUUUGAAAUUUUUAGUUCAACUCACACCCAUAAAUGACUAUUUGACACAAUGUGGAUCUAAUUCAUUACAUGUAUUAGUUAAGAUGAAGGUGGAUGUUAGAAACAAAAAUUUUGAAAAAAUUAAGAUCGAAAAAACUUCGUUAGAAGGAGCAAAUGUUUUUAGAAGUAAUUUUUGUGAAUCCUAAUUUAAUAAUUUCAAUAUAAAUGGAAUAAAUUUGAAUGGAGCACUAUUAUUGAAUUGUAAAUGGAAAAACUUAAGAAUCCAUGAAUUAAAUAAAUUAUCUGGUCAUAGUGAUUAAGUAAGAUCAAUUUAUUUUUCUCCAGAUGGAAAUACAUUAGCUUCUGGUAGUAGUCAUAACUCUAUCAGUCUAUGGGAUGUCAAAACAGAAUAAUAAAAAGCUAAAUUAGAUGGUCAUAGUGGAACUAUCUGGUCAGUCUGUUUCUCUCCUGAUGGAAAUACAUUAGCUUCUGGUAGUGUAGAUAGCUCUAUCCAUCUAUGGGAUGUCAAAACUGGAUAAUAAAAAGCUAAAUUAGAUGGUCAUACUCAUUAUGUCAACUCAGUCUGUUUCUCUCCUGAUGGAAAUACAUUAGCUUCUGGUAGUAAUGAUUACUCUAUCCGUCUAUGGGAAAUCAAAAAAAAGUAUUGUUCAGAUUAUAGAUUUAAAGAGCAAUUUUUUGGAGCAUCUAUUUAAAUAAAUACUAAUUAGUGCAAAAAUGCAAUUGAAAAAGGACAUUACAACAUGAUAGAGGAAUUGGAAAUUCAUUUUAGGAAUCAAAUUAAGUUAAUUUAUUUUUAAAAGUUUAGUGGAGGAGGGCUUUACGAUUAAGCUAAAGUAGAAAAAUAGGCAGAUGGACUGAAUUGA